AUGAUCGGGAUUGGGCUCGAUUUUGGCACCACCAACAGCACGCUCGCCGUCUGGGAGGCGGACCGCAUCACCUACAUCGAUCUGGACCCGCCGGCAGCCAACCCCAAGAUCAUGCCCUCGGCGCUGUAUCUGGACCGCGCCAUGGGGCGCUCGGUCGGUACGGGGGCGAUCGACCGCUACCUCGGCGACAACCGCGGGCGGAUCGUCCGGCUGAAGCGGAUCAAGGUGGGGCAGAUCGCCAUGACCUUCAGCACGACCGAAUCGCAGCGCGCCGGCCACGGGCGCGGCGACACCACGCGCCUCCAUGAGGUGUCGGGCUACGACGACACCGAGCUGCCCGGGCGACUGUUCAGAGGGUGA